AUGGCUAACCAGAGCUUUGCCAUCGAUGGCCCUGGCAGUUUGCUGGCUGUGCUGGCCUCACAGAGCGGACUGGCAAGAGGCGGCAGCAGUAGCAGCAGCAGCAGUGACGGCAGCAGCAACAGUGGAGGUGUCUCUGCCACAGAUAUGUCUGCCUACUUUAAGCUGGUCUUCUUGGGUUUGAUCAUCUGUGUCAGCCUUGUAGGCAACCUCUUGGUCUCCCUGCUGGUCCUACGAGACAGGACACUUCACAAGGCUCCCUACUUCUUUCUCCUGGACUUGUGCCUGGCCGAUGCAGUUCGCUCAGCUGCCUGCUUCCCCUUUGUGCUGGUCUCCGUCCACAACAGCUCGGCCUGGACUUACAGUGCCUUGAGCUGUAAAGUCGUGGCUUUUAUGGCCGUGCUGUUUUGUUUUCACGCUGCCUUCAUGCUGUUUUGUGUGGCUGUCACCCGCUACCUUGCCAUCGCCCACCACCGAUUCUACGCCAAACGCAUGACCAUCUGGACCUGCGCCGCCAUCAUUUGCAUGGUGUGGACUCUGGCUGUUGCCAUGGCGUUCCCACCUGUCUUUGAUGUGGGGACGUACAAGUUCAUCCGUGAUGAGGAUCAGUGUAUUUUUGAACACCGCUACCUGAAGACCAACGACACCCUGGGCUUCAUGCUCAUGCUGGCUGUGGUGGUCCUUGCCACCCACGGUUUCUAUGCCAAGCUGCUGCUGUUUGAGUACAGGCACCGCAAGAUGAAACCUGUCCAGCUAGUGCCAGCUAUCAGCCAGAACUGGACCUUCCAUGGUCCUGGGGCCACGGGUCAAGCUGCGGCUAACUGGAUUGCAGGGUUCGGUCGUGGUCCCAUGCCGCCCACUCUGUUGGGCAUCAGGCAAAAUUUACACAAUCAACACCGGCGGCUGCUCGGGAUGGAAGAGGUGAGGUCAGAAAGGAGGCUGGGCAGGAUGUUCUACACCAUCACCCUGCUCUUCCUGGUCCUCUGGGCUCCCUACAUCGUGGCGUGCUUCUGGAGGGUGUUCGUCAAGUCCUGCAGCAUCCCUCACAGGUACCUCUCCAUCACAGUGUGGAUGAGCUUCGCCCAGGCUGGAGUCAACCCCAUCUUCUGUCUCCUGCUCAAUGAGGACCUGAGAAAAGUGCUGAGAGCUCACCUGCCUACCUACUGGAGGACUAAACAACACCUGCCCCAGGAUGAGGCCUACUGCAUUAUGUGA